CAUUAGUUCACUGGUUUCGUCAUUCACCACAACACAGACGAAGACGAAGGGAGUCUAAAUUCAAGGGUUUCCACAGCUCUUCCUGUUAUGGUGGAAAUUGUAUCAAGGAAAAUUGAAGAGUAUAUUGUAGUGCAAUGCCUCAUAUGUUGUGAUGUGAGACUCCCCUGCAAUGCUCGCCAGUCUUGUAAUGACCUGUGUUCUCUCAUAUUUCCUUUUCAGGAGACGAAAUCCAGUUGUCUGAAGAUGGAGCAUGCAAGUGAUUGGAUGGGUGCUCAGCUGACCGGACAGAUUUUGGUUCAGGACAACAUUCCUGCAAUAGAUGAUUCUAUGUAUUUGGGAGAGUGAAACUGCUACUUUUUCUUUUAGUGAAUUUGUCAUUGUUGCUAAAGAAUCGAAUUCGGGUAGUUUCGAUGCUUGAUCUUAUGAAGUUGAAUCAUUGUGUUAAGUGGUUAGAUUCUUAGUAAAUAUGCUUGGAUUUAACUUAAAAGUUCCAUUUCUAGAAUGUUAUGGUUGUGCAAUGCUGAACUAUUGAUUGCAAAUCAUACCCUGAAGUUCUUGUAAGUGAUGUCAAAAUGAUUUUGUAUGAUAAUUCUUUUCGAUUCUGAGAUCCCUGGAUAUUAUCCUCGACCAUAGAACUUUCUGCAUACUAGUUUCUUCUUUUCCACCUUAUUGUUAUUGUUAUAGUCUUUGCUUGGUUUUUCAUUUUGAGUUUCAAACUUCCGAUUAUCUCAAACGAUAGUUGAACAAUCUCAACGAUUCAAGAAAUUAUAGCUCAUUUACACCCCAGCUUUCAUACUGUGUAAAUUGUAUUGUAUUGUGUCGUUCUUUUCUCCCUUUACAAUAUCAUGCAACAAAAGUCCAUAACUGAUCAAACUUUAUUAAUUCAUUACUUGUGAUAGUUAGGUUUAGGUUACAACUAAAGCAAUGAUGUUUUUUUUCGUUUUCAAUUUGAUUAGGAAUGAACUUUUUGUUUAUGCAAUUCAUUCUCUCCAUUUUUAUGUUAUUUAUUUCUUAUUGCAGUGGGUGUUGUCUCCCAAGUACUUCAAUUUCCCGUUUCCUAUGACGUUGACAAUGAUUCACAUGGCAUUCUCCGGAAUCGUUGCAUUUUUCCUUGUCCGUGUUUUCAAGGUUGUAGCUCCUGUCAAAAUGACAUUUGAAAUAUAUGUAACAUGUGUAAUACCUAUAAGUGUCUUCUUUGCAUCAAGUCUUUGGUUUGGCAACACUGUCUAUUUGCACAUAUAUGUGGCUUUUAUCCAGAUGCUCAAAGAUCUAAUGCCAGUGGCAAUAUUUUUCAUGGAUGUCAUGUGUGGUACUGAUAAACCAAGGUGUAAUGAGUUCUUAAACAUGGUGCUGGUCAGCGUCGGAGUUAUCGUUUCCAUGAGUUGGUGGCCAUACAUGCUUGAUGUAUUAGGUGUUUUUACUGUAGUCACCAUGUGGGCAGUUGUUGUGACUGAGGGUUGCAGGAAAAAAAACCUGCAGUACUAUGGGUUUAAACUAGCAUCUGCUGCAAGGUAAAGUCAGUGCUACUUACCUAAACAUUAGAUGCAUUUAGUGGAAAGACAUAGGCUUUGGUUUCAAUUUUUCUUUGUGCAGCAUAGAUAGUACAGUUCAUGGCUAAUCCGAGCAUGGAGCAGUAACUAAUUUUAUGUGAACUAGGACUAUUGUUGAAUUCAUUUAAGAAGAUUUGUAACUUUCAGUGUUUUUUUAUUAACUUAUAA